CUGAUCAGUCAAGGCCCGAAACUCCUUUCUCCCUUCAUCAGUUUCCCUAAAUCUGCAAUCUUACACAGUUACACUCCACUGUCCUGCGUAACGACUCUUUCUCUCUCUCCUCCGUUCUCUCCUGUGCCGCGCUCAUGGCGAUUCGAUACCGAAACCUUCGGCGAAUUUCACGCCUCUUGCCGCAACUUCUCUCAGGCCCAGGGUGUCAACAAUGUGUAGAACUAUCAAAUUUGGCUUCCGGUGUGACCUCGUUGGCGUGUACAUUGGAUAAGAUUGAUGCAACUGGUGCGUGGGGAGGCAGGCAGGUCUCAAGGUUGUCAACUGUAGCGGAGAUAUCAAAGGAUGUGCCUCAUGAAGUGGAUCUAAUUUCAUAUUUUAGGUCAACGUUUGAUCAUGUGGAAGGCCCUUCUCAUCGGUGGGUGAAUAUAUCUGAUAAGAGCAAGGAGUUCUUGAACGAAGAUGGAGCCUUUUUGUUGGUUGCCGGUGCAUUUCUAGACGGUCCUCCAGGAUCUCAAGGUGAUCGAAUACAUAUGUUUGAGAAAGUUAAGUUACUUCAGCAAAGGUACCCAUGGCUCAAUAUAUUCGGUUUCCAGUCUUGCUCCUCAAUUAGCUCUACGGAUGAUCAUGAUCACCUUAUCAAUGUUAUCAUGGAAGAAUACAUUACUUUUCCAAUUUUAUUGUGCAGUAAGAUUUUUCCGGAGAUGGCUAAUGGGAAUUGUUGCAUGCUGUUGAGAGGUCUCAGAGAUCCCCCAUUGUAUCACGAAAGGGACAUCAAUUUGAGUACUCUUCAUGAAGUAAUCAAAGAUUUGAGUGAGCAGCGUGACAAGAAUGCUGGUACUGCUAAUAAGUUGAGCAGUACUUGGUCGAAACCUUGUGGAGGCUUCAAGGAACCUUACCCCUGUUUGUCUCGGCAGAAUUUGGUUCUUGAUUUUCCCGCUUGCAUUUCAGCUGAUGAAUCUGGCAAUAGACUAUUUGUUUCAGACAUCAAUCAUCAUCGAGUUAUUGUAUUUGACUGCAGUGGGACGAUCUUGGACGUGAUCGGUUCUUCCCCGGGUUUUGAGGAUGGAGACUUUGAAACAACCAAACUAAUGCGGCCUGCAGCUUCCUAUUAUCAUUCACCUGAGGAUUGUCUGUAUAUAGUGGACUCAGAGAACCAUGCUAUCAGAAGAGCUGAUAUUGGCAGAAGAGUCCUCGAAACAGUGUAUCCAACCUCCAAUUCUAGAGGGAGAAUGGGAUUGUGGACAUGGCUGUUGGAUAAGCUAGGGUAUAGAAGAGAUGCAGGCUUGAAGUCUGUUGAAUUUGAUUCAGAGUCAUUGUUAUUUCCUUGGCAUCUGCUAAAAUCCGUGGAUGAUGACCUUUUAAUCAUGAAUAAAAGCUUUAACAGUUUGUGGAUCAUGGAUAUGGGUAGUGGCAUGAUUCGCAAUGUAGUCAAAGGGCAUGGAAAUAUAAUGGAGCACUGUGGCCAGCAGAUCAUGGAAAAGGUUUCGCACUUGAAAGAUAUUUCUCAUGAUGUCCUUCAGCAGCUAGUAUAUUCUAGUUAUCCACCAUUAGGUGGCAUCUCAUAUUCUGGUUUUGUCUCCUCUUUUGUUGAAUUGGGAGAUCAUUUGCUUGUCUGUGAUACAGUUGCUCAGAGGGUUUUGAUGAUGAACAAACAAGCUGGUUCUAUUUCAAGUAUUGAAUUCUCAAACUUCGGAAUUCUUGCCCUGCCUUAUUGGUUAUCUCGUUCUUUGGAGAGAGCGUUUGAUACGGGCAAUGUUUACGAGGAAGCUCAUUAUGAUCAUAUUCAGUAUUUCACACUGUUACCAGGUAAAAUAGAUGUGCAUUUGAGUAUUGAUAUUCCCGGAAGCACGGAACUGGUAGAACCUUUGGAAGAAUCUUAUGUUUGGCGUCAAGUAAGAGGGGCUGCUACAGAAGUUCUGGGAAUGAGUAGCACUGCAGCAACUGUGGAGAAGGUCGGCUCUGCUCAGCAGUGGUAUGAUGAGUUGGAUGGUCUUGCUUGCGAAGCAGAAUCAGAGGUCUCUUCAGAAGAAAAAACAACUCCGCCCAGAGACUUGGAAGAUGGCAAAAUUCACAUCAACUGUGUGGUCAAUACAAGUCCAGGAACAAGUGAGGUCAUAGUUUUGGCUCCACUCUAUCUGAAACUUCAUAGUAGUACAAAGACUUGCAAGGACACUCAAGAAAAGGCUGGUAUAAUAGCAGAGAUUCUGAAACCUGAUAGAAUGGGAAGGUCUGCAAGAGAUGCAUUUAUUCGUUCUUUGUUAAAUUUAAACAGAGAUUUAGGGGAGCUUGUGUUUUUGAAACCGUUAUGCAUAAAGCUGAGAUUUGAGAUUAUCAACCCUCCAAAAGCUGAAAACUCGAGGGACAUCAUAUUAACUGAUUCAACAAUUGAUGCUUAUGUAACCCUCAGUUAGUGUAUGUCUAGAAAUUCGAAGAUGCGAGUAUAAGUAACAACAUAGAAUAGUCCUAAAUGCUCUAAUGAUCAAGAUCCAUUUUUUGGAUAUAGUUCCCUUGUUGUAUAAUAGAGGACCUGUAGAAAAUGAGUUUCCUUUUUGUUUAUUCCUUACCUUUUAUUGCCCAGCUCUUGUAUGAGUAAUUGAGUAUACGAAGGCUUUGAGAUACGCUGCCAAAGCUGGUUUUUGGUCAACAUGAUCUUAUAAAUGUUCACGAUUAUUAUGUUA